AUGGCAGGAAGUUUUUCUAUGGAGUACCCAGAUGAAAUACCGCCAUUUAUGAGUAUGCAACAUUUAAGCACCAUCUCCAAUAAAACUCUGAAUGAAGAAGCAGGGAAGCUGCAAAAUGUGAUCAGCCAGACGCUGCAGGCUCUGAGCUGCUGCACCGAUGAAGAGCACGGCCGAGGCUCGCUGGAGGAGGCUGAGGCGGAGAAGCUCCUGCUGGUCUCCUGUGAGAAGCGUUCUGCCCUGCUGGCGGAGGUUGCUAGACUGAGGGAGGAGAGGGGCUCUGAGUCAGGAGAGGAGGGGGACUAUGUUCCCCAGCAGCCCUGCAGAGGGACGGUCAGCAUCACAAACAUCCAGCUGCCUCUCAAGGUGGAGUUUGUCUGCUCCUCGCACAACCGCACAGGUCGGCCGAGUCACUUCUUUUUCGCGCUGAUCCGCUACGGGCCCUGCAACAUCGAUGCCACGCCGCUGGCCACGGCUGCUGAUGCUAAGAACGGAGACACCAUCUCCUUCCCUACUUUUGUCAUCCUGAAGGAUAUCCGCUCAUCCUUUGAGAUAGAUGUGGAGGUCUACAGCCUGUCCCACACUUCAGGUGGUAACAGCAGCAUGGACCGGGCCACCGCCAAGUCACGGGUUACGCCAAGAAAGCUUCUGAACACCCUCAAAAGAUCCAGUCACAGUCACAGCCUGACAUAUCAGGGAGCUGCAUGA